AUGGCAUCGCAACACGUCUACUCUCAAGUCAGUAGCUUUCAAGUACUACAGCGAGAUUUUACUACGAACACGGCGUUGGUCAAGCAAUCUGAUGGUCAAACUCUCUCACUCGAAAUUGGGGGGCCUUAUACCAUUGACAAUGCAACCAAUGUUCUUGUUGGUGACGUUUGGGUUAUGAGUGGCCAAAGCAACAUGCGUGGGAGUGCCUUUUACACCAAUCCUUGGACUGACCCCCCGUCAACAUACCCAGAAUAUGUUGAUGAAAUGGUACACCUGUUUCAAUCCAAUGAGGAUUGGAGCUUAUGUCGUGAGCCAACUCAUCGACUCGAUCAGUCAGCUCGCCAGGUCAGCUACAGUAUUCCGGAUCCCUCCGUUUAUCUCAAGGACUAUCAUCUAUACAGAGGCGUUUCCUUGGGAACGGCGUUUUCCAAGGCCUAUCGGGAGCAGUACAAUGUUCCAGUAGGUCUAGUGGCAUCGAGUCACGGAGGUACAACCAUGGAGCAAUGGAGUCCAGAGCUACUCGAAACGACCGAAAACCCGUUCAAUAAUACGCUUUACGGAGCUAUGUUGGGACGUAUUGAAAAGAUCGAGAAUCAAGUGGCAGGUAUCCUAUGGUACCAAGGAGAAUCGGACGCCGAGAACGCUACUCUUGCAAAUGAAUACGGAACUCGGCUCAAGUCCUUUAUUCAAACGACCCGCAGCAAACUCAACAACGAACGACUUCCAUUCGUAUACGUUCAGAUUGCACGUUCAUCGAAUCUGGUGAACAAUAACAACAAUUGGAAUACUGUUCGAGAAGGACAACGCUCGCUGAUCAACGAUGACUGGAACACCGAUCAAAUUGGAGUCGUUUCCAGUAUCGAUUGUGAAUUAGACGAUCCUGUUCAUUUAUCAGCUAAUGGUCAAGCAGCAGUCGGACGGCGGCUAGCAGUUGCAGCGGCAAGAACGCUAAGGAACGUAGGCGGUUCCAGCAGUCCUGAUAUUGACACCAUCACUUUCGAGAAACAUAGGUUCUCCAAUAGCACAUCUGUUGCUGCACUACAAGCUACUUUGCUUCUGCAAUUCAAUAAUGUCGACGAAUGGAGAGAACCUGAGGGCGGUAUUUUCGGCUUCAGCCUGCACGAUGAGAACGGUGCGAUUUUGCCUGUAAUAUACAAGACAGCGAUUCAAGAAGACAAGAAGAGUAUACGGCUCUUCCUGAGCGAUAGUGCUAUGCAAUUUAACACAAACAACGUGUUCCUUUACUAUGGUUAUGGCAUGAAUCCCAGAUGUAAUAUGGAAACCUCGAAUGGAAUGGGCUUACUUGCCUUUGGACCGGUUCCUGUAACGUUAGAUUUUUAA